AUGCUUUUCAAGGAAUUAAAAGAGCGACAUGUGAUGCGUUCGGCCUACGAAAGCGCUUUGAAAGAGACGAAAGCCGCAUUAAAUGCGCGACGUAGUAAAGCAGAAGUUGAUUUUUCACGUGAUCAGAAAAUAACACUGGAAAAUGAAAUUCGUCGGCUGAGACGGUCACGCAUGAUCGCAUUGCAUAACCUCGUCGAGAAACUCGCAGCCGAUGAGCUGACAUUGAAAGCUCGACAAUUGGAAACAAGUCAUGCGCUUUUGAGGAAACACCAUGAACAGACCAAAGAACUGGAAUCGGCUCUUUUAAGCGAGAGCCAACGCAUGAAACGACGACAUCUCGAGAGGCAGCAUGAAGCCGAGACCUCAAAUCAGCUGCAGUACAAUCAGCGGGUUGCUGACGAAUUGGCGAAGCGCCAUGCUUUGCAAUCGAAACAGCAACCCAAGGAACUCAAGACGAAAGAGUUACAAAUCCGAAAGCAGUAUCGGCAAGCCGUGAAAACACAGUUGAGGCAAAGCAAACUUCUACAGGCUCAGGUACCGUUGCUUGUGUUUCUUGAAAAUGGCCAUUUUAAUGCAUCUUACGCUGCAGCGACGAUGCAAAACGCAAUUUGUCAGAAUUUUGUGUUUGUGUCCAACAGUUACUAA